AUGAGUAAUCACACCGAUGAGGAUCCCAUGGAGCAAGAUAGUUGCACGAGCACGAGCGACGAAGCGAAUCUGCAGCUGGAUCGAGAAUUACAACAGAGCGCGGGAAAUACUCGCGCAGCGACUGAGUUGUCACAGCAAACUGUCACAGUUGGAAUUUCACCUGCCUAUGUAAAUGGCUGGGACACUACCGAUGCUUUUCGCGAGCUGUAUCAAAACUGGAAAGAUGCCAUUCUCGAAAGAUUCCAGCUAAAGCGACUGGACUUUAGGCCAUUUUUGGAAGACAAAAAAGACCAUUUCUCCAUCAUAGUCCCUACUAGCUCAGACGAAAACGGCAACAGUCGAGCUCUAGGGUUCAUCAAAUAUGAAAAAAAGACUGGUCAAGUCACACUGACCAAUGCUUGCAUGCAACUUCCUGUCGAGUCUCUCGUGAUGGGAUUCACAUCCAAAAACGAUCUCGACCAGCUGGCAGGCUCUCAUGGUGAGGGGCUCAAACUAGCUGCGUUGGUACUGAGUCGAAAGGGGUAUAGAGUGAGCGUGGCUGCAAGUCAGUGUAAGUGGCAAUUUGGUCUGCAUGGAAAGUACCAGUCUCUCCGUUGUGUCACUACUCCUUCCCGGAAGAUGAGUCCUGCCAUUCAACGAGAGCCAGCUGAUGAUAUGGCAAACUUGCGCUUCCGGGUUGAAAGAGACAUUACGGUGUUGAUUGGGGCUGGACGUGCCAAACAAAGUCCAGUGGUCUCACCUGAAACGUUUUUCAAAUGGCUUCAAGUCACCCUCGAUAUCCGCGGACUCUCCUAUCCUUCCUCGAUUGUAGAAACACCCCAUGGAGACUUGGUUUUGGAUCUGCAGUUUCACGGAAGGCUUUUUCUCCAUGGGAUUCUGCUACCGGUAGCAAAUUCGGGGUUCAAGCCCCUCAAGUUUGGUUACAACCUUACUCGGGGCAAGUUCAGCCGUGAUCGUCAAGAACUGGUCGCCUCGUGUGGAGUGGCACAGCAGGUGCUACAAAUAUGGCAGUGUGCCUUGCGUAUGCACGAGCAGACCUUGCUUCCAAUCUAUGUCAAUCUCCUCCAAAACUUUCCCCAUGUGGGCGAUGUCGACCACGCUGAUAUACUUUUGGAGCCGUUUCUCAAGACUCGUAUCUGGAAACACCUUCUCGGUGUGGCAGGGAGAAAGAGAUUUUUUUAUUGCGAGACAUCAAGCGUCCAAAGUGUGGGCAUGAUACGAGAAACCACCGGGAAGACACCAACAAGACUUCCCAAAGCCCUCUGGAACCUGCUGCGCUCAGGUUCAGGAAUUCGGACCAUUGAGGAGGAACAGGUAGAGCUUUUCAAAGAUGCCGAGAUCUGUGCUUUGCCCGAGUCUACCUUUGCAAAAACAACAGCCUGGGCUUUGAAAGCUUGUCUGGCCCUAUUGAAAACGACAAGUCAUAUCAAAGUGUUCUAUGUCAAAGGACUGACUCGGAGGCUUGACGUGUUAUACAACGCUGAACAAGGUGCGUUGAAGAUUCAUCAUCGAUGGUUGGAUUUUGAUGCGACGCACCACGACGCAUCGUGUCGAAAAUGGUUUCCUGCUGCCAUAAAUGAAAAGCAUGCGCCGUUUUUCUGCAGUCACAUCGUAGAGGAGAUCUUGUGUCUCUCGAUUUCUUCGAUGUUCAAACCAUCCCCGACGCUGCGCAUGACUGAGAUGCGAUAUAUGCGUCAUAUCAGUCGUCUCCUUCGGGUUAUGCCGCAUAGCAUCAAACUCACACCCCACUCAGGAGGCCUGCUGGUCACCUGGGAAGACAAUGAGGCAGAAUCGUUUCGAAAGCUUGGCGGGGGCCCACUGUACCGAGUUGUUCUCCACGCGGAGGAGUGUUUCAUCGACAGGUCGGAGCUUCUCUACUUGAAAAUAGUACCGAGUGGGAUGGAAUUUGCGUCGUGUGGGUGCCGUCAGCAAAUUGUUGUCCAAGCGCGUCGAUGGUGUGUCUUUGCCGCUUUGGAUCAUUCCACAAGGUAUUAUGCGAUGAUCUCUCUCAAUGAGCGGCUGGCGAUCUAUGGCCUUCCAUCUGGGCUGGUGUCACCUCGUGACAAAAGCAUGGGUGGGCCCGGCCACAUAGCAUGCAAUCUGGAGCGAUCUCCGUUCGUUGAUCGCCAACACGAACACAAGACUUUGGAGCUGCAGACCAACCUACGUCCGUAUCAGUGA